UCUAGAGAGUUUUCUUCCGUGUAUGCACACUAUAUAGGUAUGAUGUGGAAAAAGGAAGAUAAAUUAUAAACAUUUCACAAAAAAUUGACAUAUUUUAUGCAAUGACAUAUAGGAGCUUAUCGUAGCUUUUUCACAUUUAAGUUCUGUCUAUGUAUUUGCACAAGGUGAAUUGUCUAAAUGGAUAAGUUAAAGAAUAAUUAAUUUGAAAAUAUAUUUGAUAAAUAAAAGAUAUUUCAAAUUAAUGAAUAAAAUCAGUUUAAAACAAAUGAUAAUUAGAUAAAGUUUGAAGUAAAUUCAUCACGUAUCUGGAUUGGAAUAUACCAGAGUUUUCAGAAAUAGAUAAACAAAAUAAAACAUAAGAAAAUGGCAACUUCAAAUAAUCCUGACGGACAAGUAGCAGAAAAGAUUUCCGAAACUACCCAUUUCAUAGAAAAAACUGGGUCAAAUUGGAAGAAAUGUUUGGGCUGCUGUAUUUACAUGGACAACCUAGAGAUAUGGAUGAAACUCAAAGACAAAAACUGAUGGGCCUAUGCGAAAAGCUUGAGGACAUGAAGAACAGUAUCGACCAAUUCCAAAAGGAUUCGUCCAAGGUUUGUGGAAUUGAUUCAAGCAGUUUGAAACAAAAGCCUGACGUUGAGAGACGUGACGUCAAAGGAAGGUUACGUGUUAACCAGAACCCUGAAAGUGGUUAUAAAUCAAAAGAGCUGUCCAAAGUCUACAGUACAUCGUCACAGUCUUCUAAUAAACUUGCAGGAGCUGACAAGAACGAUACUAACGCAACUUUCGGUGAAGAAACAGAAUUGUAUAACCCAUCAAUUCCAGUUAUAUCUAGUUCACUUACAAACGAAUGUCAAACAGAGAGGAAGGAGGUACCCUCCUUUUACAUUGAGACUCCAGAGGCCUCUACUACUUCACUGUGUAACAUGUAUGAUGAACCUGAUCAGCAACCAACCAACAUCUCAAAACCAAAUGAUGAACAAGAAUCCACCACCAAUCCUGCGGUUGUACUGUUUUUACCAAAAGAAUUGAACGACCUUUCAAAACCGCCGUCAGAGGAGAACAACUUGGCAUAUCCUACCAAGUCG